CACACCGAAGGUCAAUUACCAACCCAAAGUCCAGAGCCACUACUCGAUGGCUGCCGCUGCUCCAGGCACCGGCGCCGCGGCCACGGCCCCAGUAGCCAUCUUCUCUUCCUCCACUUCCACCUCCUACCCAUCCCUUUUCUCUCCUCUCUCCGUACUGUUCCUCUCCCCCUCACUUCCCGUCCGUCGCCUCCGCCUCUCCCUGCCCUCCCCUUCCCGCAGCCCCAUCGUCGUCCGGUCCGGCCCCAGCGGAGGAGGAUUCGGUGGAAGCGAUGGAGGAUCUCGAGGCGGAGGAGGCGAUGGAGGAGAGAAUGGCGACUCGGGUGAGAAGAACCGGGCCGAGGCGUUGCUCGUGCUGGCGGAGGCCGAUCGGACUUUGGAGAGCCUCCCCAAGGACUUGUCCGCCGCGAUAGAGAAUGGAAGGGUCCCCGGGUUGAUCGUCCAGCGGUUCUUUGAGCUCGAGAAGUCGCCAGUCUUCCGGUGGCUGCUCCAGUUUGGGGGAUUAAAGGAGCGGCUCCUCGGCGACGACCUGUUCUUAACUAAGGUCGCCAUUGAAUGCGGAGUUGGCAUCUUCACCAAGACAGCUGCUGAGUGGGAGCGUCGCAGAGAGAAGUUUGUGAAGGAACUUGAUUUCGUUUUUUGUGAUGUGGGCUUUUACUUCCUCAUCAACAACUUUUCUCCAUUCAGGGUGUUUGAGAACUUCAUCAAUGGUGGUUGGAACCUUAAUAUUAUCAAAGGCGGCGAUACAUGCUCGAUAAUUUUGGGACAAUCCUUCAUAAAAAAUAAAGUUAGAGAUGAGAUGCAUCAUGUAGGAUCUAACUCCCUUCCUCAAAGCAAUUGGAAUCUCAAGGUUAUUAUCUACAGGUGA